AUGACAAUUAAAAAGCUCUCCCGAAAGGAAGUUGUUGAAUCUUAUAAUCCCCGUAACCGGAAUAGAUUUUCUGUUUUAGAAAACUAUGAUGGACAAUUCCCCCCAAUGCAGCCUCAAAGAAAUCCUAGUCGUAAGAAUAAUGAUUUGGAGGUCAACAGUAUUCUCACUCCGAGGAUGUAUAGUAAUGUUCUCAAGAGACCUAGACCAUCUCCAAGAGUUGCUCCUGUGCAAAAGUAUAAUCCCCAGGACCAUGCCUGGGUUGGUGCUAUGGGUGGAAAGGUUUUUGAAAAACCGAAUGUUAAUAAGGUCUCACUUUUAGAGAAAACGAUGACAGAAUUUAUAACUUUUAUGAAGGAUUAUUUUAACAAGGAACGGAAUAUGCAUGGUCUUAAUGCUGUUUCGCACUUUGGAGACCGUUUAAGUAAAAUAUAUAGAGAUUUGGAUUGUGACAUAAUAACAAACGCCACCAUGGAUAAUCCAGAUUUUGAUAUUGCCAUUUUAAGUGAAAUUUUUUCACAUUUGGAUUCACGUCAGUCAUCUAAACUGUUGAAUUAUAGAAUUGUCAAGAAAACCAGAUCGGAUGGAUAUGGCGGUGUGGCCAUUGCACUGCAUAAAUCCAUUCGUUUUAAAAAGAUUAAUUAUGCUACGAAUUAUGAUAUUGUUAUUGUCCGUACCCUCAACCUGUCUACGAAUUUUGUCAUCUGCUCAGUAUAUUUUGAACCUUCCAUAUCUGUACCUGACUUUGCUUGUGAAAUGCAAAAACUUUUAUCCUAUGUUGAGACUCUUGGUUAUGUUUUAAUAUGUGGUGAUUUUAAUGCCAGGGCAUGUCAAUGGGGUGAUACUGUUGACUCGUCCAGGGGAAGGAAGUUGGCUGAACUAAUUGAUACAUCUGAUUUUUGCUGUUUAAAUGUUGGUUUGCCCACAUUCAGACGUGACCUAAGCUCCUGUGGCACAGUUCUCGAUUUGUCUUUUUCUAAUGUGAAUGUAUGUAUGGAGUGGAAUACGAUACCCAUUUUUCUUGGUGGCAGUCAUCACUAUCCGAUUUCAAUAGUUGUGGAUUCUAUUAGUGUUAAAAGUUCCCUAUUUUUGGCCAAGGACAAGUUAAUUUCUUCUCUGAACAAUGUCCAGCUUGAUCCAGAUGUUGAGAUGAUAGAAUCAACUAUGGCGGAUGAGAUUAAAAAUGCAACUUAUAAAAUUAAUUCAAAAAGAACACCUAAAUCGUGGUGGAACGCUGAUCUUGAUAAAAUCUUUAGGUGUUUGAUUGCUGCUCUAAAGAAAUGUAAUAAAUAUCCAACUCCUGCUAAUUGUAAUCUUGCUCUAAGUGCCAAAAUCGAAUGGAAGGAAGCUGUUAAGAAUGCCAGAAGAGAACAUUUUAAUCAGAGAAUUGAUCUUCUAAAUCAACAACCUAAUACCAGGGAUGCGUGGCGAUUUGUUAGAAACGUAGGUGGUAAUGCUAAAUUUUUGGACUCUACGGCCUGGAAUGAUCAGAAUAAUCUUUUAUAUCUUCAACAUCUUAAAGAUCAAGUGCCAAAUGGUAAUGGUGUUUAUACUAUAGAUUGGUCUACUAUAGUCUGUGAUGGUAGUAGUGGUGAAUUUGCAUUUUCGGAUGAAGAGUUUGAUUCCAUUCUUAGGAACAAAACUAAGCCCUCUGCUGGUGGUGAAGACAAGGUGACAUAUGAAAUGAUCCGAGCUUUGUCUCCUUUAGCUCAGAGAUCCUUACUUACUGCUCUUAGUGAUGCCUUUUUGGAACAUAAUAUUAAGGAUUCUUGGCGCAUUAUCAAAAUAGUCCCCAUUCCUAAAAAGGGCAAGGAUUUGAGUGAUUAUCGCAAUUUUCGUCCGAUUUCGUUAAUUUCAGUUUUUCUGAAGCUUAUCAACCUUAUGAUAAAGGACAGAAUGAUAGUGUACUGUGAUGAGAACCAUCUUCUUCCUGAUAGGACGUUUGCCUACAGGAAGCACAAAUCGGCCUCCAUAUGUCUAAAUGAGAUUUUACUGUGUAUUGCUACUCUUAAGAAGAAUGGAUUCAAAGUUAUUUUACUGGCUCUUGAUAUCAAUAAUGCUUAUAAUUGUGUGAACAACAACUUACUCAAUAAAAUGUUAUUGGAUGGUGGUUUUCCUGCAGUUUAUGUUAAAUGGAUUUAUAAUUUCUUGGCAGAGCGUGUUCUGAAACUGGGUGAUGACCAAGUUGUUGUUUCCGAUGGUCUACCACAGGGCAGUUGCCUGUCUCCCUUUUUGUUUAACCUGUAUACGGCUUCCUUGCACAAUGCUGAAGAUGAAUCAACGAAAAUUUUUCAAUUUGCUGAUGAUUUUCUAUAUACUAAACGUUUGAUGUUGAUGUUGCGGUUAACAACAAUGAAUUUCAAGAUUCUUCUUCUCGGAAAUCUAAUUUUAAUUUGA